AUGUUUGCCACCUCCGCUACGCUGGCGAUAGCGGAACGACGCACGACGACGAUGGACCGGACGGAACAUUUGCUCGGCCUGCAGAAGCAUCGCAACAUGGCCGCCGGGCUCGAUAGGACCACAAUGGCAGCUCUGGCAACUAGCGGCAAGUUUAUGAUAUCGCACCUGCAGCCACACGAUCAGCUGCCGCACCUGCCUAAGCCGGUAGAUCACUACCCACAGCAGCACGGCCACAUCAACGAACCAAUCCUCGGUACGUACGACAGUGCGUCUUUGGGCACCAGCACCAGCAAUCGAUACGGUCACAAUCUGCUACGCUUUGAUCCCGGUUCGAACCCUUCCUCGCAAACUGGAUACUACGCUGACUAUUAUCACUCCUACCACCAGCCAUUACCGGUAAGGCCAUACAGAGCACCCGGGGCGCAACACGCCCGAUCGCUACAUGACCCACCGACCAGGUCAGUGAGCGAGCGACUGAACAACUACGACUACCGGAGCGAACGAAACCGGGUCGCUCUGUACGGUGGGUACCCCGAACCGGACCGUGUUCGUGGCCCCGUUGGUGGUAUCCUAAAGAAUAACAUCACCACAAGCGGGAACUACCAUCAGCCGUUGCCACCAGCCACGCAGAGAUCACAUCCACUAAUUUACGACCUUAAGCAGUAUGAGCAGUACAAUAACGCUCGUGACCCGUACCGUAAUUCACACGGUGUCAAAAACACCAACAGCACCGUUGAUCAGAGCUACAACGUGAACUAUAACUUAAACUUCACGAAAAAUCAGUACAACAUUCUCAUCUCGCCACCGCUUCAUCCGGAUCUCGGGCCACGCGUUGCGGUCCCUCCGUACGAGGAACAUCCACCCGCAUCGACAAACCGUACCACUUCGACGAGCGAUACUUCACGGCCGAAGCACUACAAUCACCGUGAACAUCCGUACCCGAAGUCCAAUCAGACGAAACAGAACGGUACUACGGCCAACAGUUACAAGCAGUCCAGCCGGCAACAGCAAAAGCAAACCAAGGCCGGUGAACCGGGUGUGAUACUUUCGGAAAAGCAGUUACUGGCCCAGCAGGAGGAACUUGCAGGCAAGAUGCAGCGGGAAGAAAUCAUCAUCGAGCACAGUCAGCUGAUGGGAGGUGAUGGAACCGGUCCAGGUGCUAUCAUACAUCCCGGCGGUGGACAUCCCGGUCAGUUGCCGUACGAUCAGCGUCGAGGUGAUCCCGCUUCCGGUACAGGAUCGAAGGGAUUAGGUGCAUUCAGUGUACUAACGCAAGGACAUCAUUUUACGCAGAUAAUUGCAGCACUAGCCGUUUCACUGGGUCCACUAGCGGCCGGUUUAGGGAAGGGUUACUCCAGUCCCGCCAUUGACAAUCUACAGGAGCUACAAAACAUGAAACGUGGAAACUACACACACUUCUCCGUCAACGAUCAGCAGGUCAGCUGGAUCGCCAGCCUAUCACUGCUCGGGGCCCUUUUCGGCGGCAUGUUCGGUGGGUUGGCGAUGCAGUAUGGACGGAAGCGUGUCCUCACGCUCAUGUCACUCCCGUUCUCCAUCUCCUGGAUACUGACCAUGUUCGCGAAAUCGGUCGAAACGAUGUUCUUUACCGCGUUUGUCGGUGGGUUCUGUUGUGCGAUCGUCUCGACGGUGGCACAGGUGUACGUCAGCGAGAUUGCGUCGCCCGACAUUCGGGGGUUCCUCAGUGCCAUCCAGAAGAUUGCCGGACACUUCGGCAUGCUGAUAUCGUAUCUGCUCGGUGCGUACCUGGACUGGCGGCAGCUAGCAAUGCUGAUCGCGAUGGCACCGAUUAUGCUCUUCAUAUCUGUGAUCUACAUACCGGAAACGCCGAGCUUCCUAGUCUUAAGAGGAUGCGACGACGAAGCACACCGCUCGCUUCAAUGGUUGCGAGGACCGCACAAAAAUGUAGAACUGGAACUGGACACGAUCCGCUCGAAUGUGCGUACCACGCGAAUGAACUUGCUCAAUCGCAUCAGUACCUCGACAGCGAACGGUGUUACAGUAGAUGGAGCCACUGGGCAAGCGAUACCGAUCGGAAAUCAUCGCCGAGGAUUCCGGUACUACCUCGAGAUGAUCUCCUUUGAAGCGAUCGUUUCGAACGUGAAAUCAGUCCUGCGUAACGCUCGUCUAGUCAAACCUAUCCUCAUCACGUGCGGGUUGAUGAUUUUCCAACGUUUUACCGGUGCUAGCUCAUUCAAUUUCUACGCCGUCACUAUCUUCCGCAAAACGUUCGCCGGUAUGAACCCCCACGGUGCGGCCAUUGCGGUUGGGUUUGUGCAGUUGCUAGCCUCUAUGCUUUCCGGACUGCUGAUCGACACGGUGGGACGCAUACCACUGUUGAUCGUCAGCAGCAUCUUUAUGUCACUUGCUUUGGCCGGCUUUGGAUCCUGUGUGUACUAUGGCGAGACGAGCAAGAUGCUUAUUGCAGAAGGAGGUGUACUGUCGGACGUCAGUAUGGCGACGGGACAGAACGACUGGAUACCGCUGCUCUGCGUGCUUGUUUUUACCGUGGCCUUUGCACUGGGCAUUUCGCCCAUUUCCUGGUUGCUCGUCGGUGAACUGUUCCCGUUGGAGUACCGUGCCGUAGGUAGCUCCAUUGCCACCAGCUUCAGCUACUUCUGUGCUUUUCUCAGUGUUAAAACCUUCGUAGACUUUCAGAGCUUUUUGGGCUUACAUGGUACAUUUUGGAUGUACGCCUGCAUAUCCUGCGUUGGACUGUUCUUCGUCAUUAUGGUCGUGCCGGAGACUAAGGGCCGAGACCUCGAGGAAAUGGAUCCGCGAUACGUGAGAACGUUGACGAUCAAUCGAUGA